UAAGAUCUUUAAAAAUGGUGCUAAUUGUUAGAGGAUGCUCACAACUCAAAACAAAAAAAAAAAAUGCAGGAAAAGAAAUCACGACAUGAUUUAUAUACAUAUAUAUGUGUGUGUAUGUAUACACACACACUACCUUGUCGUUCUUGUUCAGUAGAUAAUUUUUUUUGAUAGAUUUCAAUGACCUAAGUUCAAAUGUUAGACAUAUUUAAUAACUUUUUUUUUUUUUUAGUUAAGAAUGGUACGUUAAUUUGAUGGAAAAGUUAACAAAGGAGUAAGCGAGUAAAUAGUGAGUAAAAUUUACUACGCGCACUGAUAAUGAGCCAGCAUGUGUAAUAGCCUAAAUCGAGUGGCUUCACAAUCGCUUUCAUGUCACGCCAAAGUGAUUUUAAUGUUGAUACUACUUUGUGGUUUUAUGAUAACUUCUGAGCAAAUAUUGUGCUUUCUGACACUUGUACCUCUGGGCACCAUUUGAGGGGAAAACAAAUACGGGCUGAGGUGAUCCGAUCUCUUUAUUUUGCCUGUGUGUGUGUGUGUAUGGUGAGAUUAGUCAAGGGAGGUUUCCCUUGAGAGAGGAACAAGAAAACAUUUUCUUGAGUUGGAUUGGCCUCCUUCCUAAGCGGUUACCUUAUUGCCAGGGUCACGAAGGGCAAGCAAGUCCUACAUGAGGGACCAGCCCAAACACCCGAUGAGGGUGACCCUAAAUGGAUCCGUUUUGGGUCAGGAGUGAUGCCUCUAUGUCGGUUAGUGGGAUUAGUUCAUGUACAUGAUGCACUCCUUUAAUAUUAAUUGUAAUUAAAUCAAGAGAAUGUUACCAGUGUAAGUCACUAGCUGCACUCGUGACUUGUAAAUUUCUGCCUUUAUAAACCUAAUCAUGGUCACCUUUGAUUAAGUUUUGGCUUUCAAAAUAUGUAUAAAGUAAUUUAUUGAUUCUAGAUAUCUUUGAAAAGCCAUAUAGAGAAAAAAAAACUUAACUUUCUGGGCAGGGGUUACAAAUUUGCAACAGGUGUAGUAUAAUUAAAAAUUUUAAGUCUUUCAAAAUAUGCAUAAAGUAAUUUAUUGAUUCUAGAUAUCUUUGAAAAGCCAUAUAGAGAAAAAAAACCCUCUCUAUUUUAAGUCUAAGCAUAACAUUUUACAAAAUUACAAACUUUUAUUUGGUCCAGAGAGGGUUAAACAUAGUUUUUCAUAUUUAUUUUUUUCAGUUUUUCAAAUAUCUUUCCAAUUUUUCACUUCCAAAUUGCCGCCCCUUCAUCUUCCUGGUGUUUCAAUUCAAAUUUAUUUUUUCCACAUUAAAGUUCAAAGUAGUGAUACCCAUCAUACUGAUGCUUUUUUAAAUAUUGUAAUUUGUUGACUUGUCAUGUCUGUGUAAUACCUUGCAUCGCAGUUUCUUUAUUUUGGUACCAAAGGUAUGAAAAAGCACCAAGGGCACACUUCCUGCGCAAAUCUGGUUUCCUGUAAUGAGUCUCAGCAGAACUGAAACGCGAAGCAGUAUAGAGCCUCGCACCAUGUUGGUCCUGGAGAACUUCAUUGGAGGAAAGUUUGUCCCGUGUCGGAGUCACAUCGACUCAUACGACCCGUCCACGGGCGAAGUAUACUGCAAAGUGCCGGACAGCGGUGAGGAAGCGGUAGAGGAUGCGGUGGCUGCAGCCAAGGAAGCCUUCCCAGGCUGGGCCGCUCAGAGUCCAGAGCAGAGGGCUCAGAUCCUCAACAAGUUGGCAGACCUAAUCGAGGCACACCUAGAAGAGUUUGCCCAGGCCGAGUCCAAAGACCAAGGUAAAACAUUGACGUUUGCACGGACCGUCGAUAUUCCCCGAUCGGUGUACAACUUUCGCUUCUUCGCCUCGUCGGUGCUCCACCAGACCAACGACUGCAGCCAGAUGGACCACGUGGGCUGCCUCAACUACACCAUGCGCUGCCCAGUUGGUGUGGCUGGUCUGAUCAGCCCCUGGAAUCUUCCUCUUUACCUGCUGACUUGGAAGAUCGCACCGGCCAUCGCUGCGGGGAACACGGUCGUUGCCAAACCCAGCGAGAUGACCUCAGUGACCGCCUGGAUGAUGUGCAAGAUGAUGCAGCAGGCUGGUGUUCCUCCAGGUGUGGUCAACGUCGUAUUCGGGACAGGCCCCAGGGCGGGAGACGUCCUCGUCGGUCACCCCGACGUCCCCCUGAUCUCCUUCACGGGGUCCACGGCCACAGCCCGUCGUAUCACCGAGCGCAGCGCCCCCUAUUGUAAGAAACUGUCAUUGGAGCUCGGAGGCAAGAACCCUGCCGUCAUUUUCGCCGACGCCGACCUGGACCGAUGCAUCGAGACCACCGUGCGCUCCAGCUUCUCCAAUCAGGGAGAGAUCUGCUUGUGCACCAGUCGGAUUUACGUGGAGCGGAGCGUUUACCCGGUUUUCUUGGACAAGUUUGUGGCCGCGGCCAGGAAGUGGAAGACCGGCGUGCCUUCCGACGCCACCAACAACAAUGGUGCGCUCAUCAGCAAGGACCACUUGGAAAAGGUGCGUGGCUUUGUGACCCUCGCCAAAUCCGAGGGUGCCACGGUGCACUGCGGCGAAGGAGUGGAUCCGCUCGACCUCCCGGAACGCUACGCCAACGGCUACUUCAUGGGCGCCACCGUCAUCACGGGCGUCCCGCGGGGCUCCCGCGUCAUGCAGGAGGAGAUCUUCGGGCCGGUCACCUGCGUCAGCCCCUUCGACGGCGAGGACGAGGCGGUGGCCGAGGCCAACGGGGUGCGCUACGGACUGGCGGCCACCGUGUGGUCCCGCGACGUGGCCAAGGUGCACCGUGUGGCCGCGAGGCUUCAGGCGGGGUUGGUGUGGACCAACUGCUGGCUGGUGAGGGAUCUCAUGCUGCCCUUCGGAGGCAUGAAGAUGUCUGGCGUCGGCAGGGAAGGGGGGAAGGAUUCCUACCACUUCUUCACCGAGAUCAAGACCAUUACCAUCAAACACUGAAAGCGCGUUUAGGAGGAGCUCAGGUGUGGAAACGUCACUUUUCUUUCCCAGCUGUUUCACCGCCGUUCAUUUGUCAUAUCAUCUGCAGAGCGAUUGAUUAGUGCACAGGUGUCAAACUCAAGGCCCGGGGGCCAGAUCCGGCCCGCCACAUGAUUUUAUGUGGCCCACGGAGGCAAACCAUUUGUCACAACGUCCACGAUUUUUGCUAAAAUUUGCACCAAAAUUUCCCAUUGUCAUAUCCUAAAUGAUAAUAUUGAGGUAUUGCAAGCAUUUUUGUGUUCCCAAAUGUCAAUAAUAGUUGGAAAACCCUUCCUUUGAUUUAUGAUUCCAAAACUGCUUCAUGAAUUCCUGGUGUAAAUAUGAUUAGGUGGUCAGAGAUUUUUAUGAUUUCACUGUCAUAAAACCAUAACUACAAUGUGGCCCGUGGCAAAAAUGAUGCUAAUCUUGGAGAUGGUUUUUUUUUGAGGAGGGUUGUGGGGGGGAUUGAAUUUGUACACAUAUUCUAUAAAAAAUAUUGCCACCAUGGUCAUUUUACAUUAAAAAAAUAUUUUACAAGAAUGAGUUCAUAAUAAAUAUUUCAUCAAAACUUCCACUAUGAGGAACAAUCAUAUAGUAAUUUUGCCAUUUUUUCUUUUUAAUCAUACAUGAUAACUUAGUGAUUUGCAAGAAUACAAUAUUGUAAAAGGUUUUUUUUAAAUACUUCAUGAGAAAUAUAAAAUUAUGGGUAAUAAUACAGUUAUAAAAUAUUACACAAAAAUAUAAUAUGUUUAAAAUAAAUAUUUUAAUUAUUUUUUAGCUUAAUUUAAUGGAAAUAAAGUCAUAUAUGAGGAAAAGGUCUAAAAUAUUAGAGAUUUUGUGAAGCAAGUCCUAAUCUUUUGUAAUUUUAUUAGAAAAAUCACUGAUGGUGUAGUGGCACAUGCGUCUGACGCUGGUGUGGGCAUCGUGGGAUCGAUUCCCACUCAGUGAUGGUGUCGAUAUGUGCCCUGCAACUGACCGGAGACCAGUUCAGGGCGUCAUCCACCUUUCGCUUGAAAUUAGCCGGGAUAGGCUCCAGGACCCUUGUGAGCAUAAACAGCUUGGAAAAUGGAUGUUACAGCAAUGUUUAUAUCCGUAUGAGUGCAGUCUGGUUGUACACCACUAGGUGGCAAUGAUACAUUGACUUUUGGGUGUUGUGCCUAAUAUUGUGACUCGUUAGUGAAUGAAGCCAUGUCAUAGUGGGUCAUGCUGUCAUCAGACGCGAUGUCAGUGGUAGAUUAGCGAGCGCUGGCAUGAGCAAAAUUUGACUUAUAAAUUUAUGAUGCGAGCGAGCAGUCAGCAGCAGACUUUGGACCUUUUCCCACGUCCACAGUUUUCUGCUUUGCGUCAUCGCCUGAAGUCCGGCUCCUUCUCUCGCCGCCUGGAGCUGACGUUAGAGCGCUGAAUAAAGGAGAACUUGUUACGCUGUUUAGUUUGUCUGUAUGGAAAAUGACAUCAGCCGUGUUGUUUAAACUGUAGUAAAUCAAAAACAAGACAAACAAGAAAUGUGUGAACUUGAAAUCAAGUGACUUCACCGGGACAGUGCGUGAAGUUAAGCUUGUUGCUGCUAAAUCGUGCCUUGUGACACAAGUUUGUUUUCCGGGAUCCGGCUUGUAACUCGAAACAGCUUUUCAUAUUUAAAUGAAUCGUUGCCCUGAGUUAGUGAGUUGCAUUCACUGACACUAGGAAUCUCCACCACUGAGAAUAGUGAGCUAUCCUCGUCACAGCGUUUGUGUGCCACCACAAUUUAGUCCUGUCUUAGUUAAUGUGUCAUAGUCAUUGUCAAGGCGUAGUUCAUGUUUCCUAGUUUGUCUGCUCGUCAUCAGACCUUCCUUUACGUGUUUGGAUCCUGCCUUUGCUUAGCGUUUUGUGCCUCUGCCUUCUCGACCUGCUUACAGCGUGUAUGACGCUGUUCCUUGAAUAAACCACGCCUAACAUCAUGCCCUCGUCUCGGAGUCCUGCAUUUGGGUCCAGCCCCACACCGUCGGUUCAUGACAAUAUUGUACUCUUUAUAAACAUACAUGUAAUAUGGUAAUCAAAUUAAAUAUAAUGAUUGUAAUAGUUUGUCCAUCAUUAGUUAAUGUUUCAAUUCAUUGUGGCUCUGCUUUUCGGGGUGACAGCCAGACAAUAUUAUAUGGUAGUGCAGACAAACUAAUAACUAUAUAUGCCCGUAAGUGUUAUCUUUCUGCAUGUGUUGCGCCACCAUUUGUGGCCAUCUUGUUAAAACACUACCACAUGAAUGCUGUUUGUCAGGCUGUCCAUGACAUUAAGUGUUAGCAUUAAGCUAGCAGACUUUAAGGCCAAGUCCUGGAUGUUGCUCACUUCUUGUCCAAUGACAGCAGGGAUAGGCUCAAGCUCACUUGUGCAACCUGAAUAAGAAACGAGCCCAAUAGAAAAUUGAAGGACAUUUUAAUUACGUCAAAUAUGAAGCAAGCAUUUCUUCAGGUCGUCUGCCGACGUGUGUUUAAUCUCAGCGGCAAAGCCAAAGAGAGGUAACCUUGAUUUACCCGCUUUUCCCCGUGGCCUACAUUCGCCACACAGCAGCCUUGUUGACAAGUCGCUCGACAACAAGUCUGAACGUUGAACAAAACACAGAAAAAACACCACCCGGGUGCAGAAUUGUCGGCACUCUCACGCUCGCAAUUCUCCUCUCUGACACUUUCAUGGGGUUUGAGCAAGAAUCUCGUUGGUUUUGAGCAACACAUUCUAAAAAUCAUACAGUCUGAAAGUUCUUCAAAGUAGCCACUGCCCACUCGUCCCCUCGACUGUGGGGCAAAAUGUGGAGUAGGGCGUGGUUAUGGUCAAAUGUUGCAAUCUGGAGCAAAAUAUUGCAUUAGUUGUGGCAAAAUGUUGCAUUUUGUGGCAAUUUGGGGUUUAAAAAAGGAGAGUCUUUGAAGUUUUAGCAAUUAUCUUGCAAUUUUUUAAAAAGGAUUUUUUCGGAAAAUGUAGCAUUUAGGUCCAUUUUGUCAAGGACCACCAUUAGUCCAACAAGUAUGCUUUGAAAUGCUGUUUUCCCACCCCCCCAAAACAUAUUUUAAUAGCUGUUUCUAGUGUCUGAGUAAUUGGUAACAAUCGUAUUUUGGGAAAAACAAAAGAACAGUGGUGUCACGUUGCAAAGUGUUUUGUUUGAAUUGUAAUGUGACACCAGGGUUUGCUAGUGUGUGUGCGUGGGAGAUGGGUUGCAGAGGAAACUGUGUAGUAUGGCAGAGGGGACUCGGGAGGAAUCGUUGCUGACUGAUCCAGCAACCUACUGGUUUUGUUGGUGGGACCAGAUGGUUGUGUUUGGCGUCUGAGCGAUUGCCGUGGCCACGUCUGGUUCAAGAGUGCACAUUGAAAUGAAACACGACAAGCUGAUCUCACUGAGAUAUAUAUAUAAAAUAUAGUCAUUCCUGCUCAGUGACUUCGUGUCGUGUCACGUAUGCCCUCGGGCUAUUUUCAAUCCACACUUGCAAAUUUGACUUCCAGCAACACCCCGAAACCUUUGUUUAAAAAAAAAAUUUUUAUUCAAAUUUGACCUUUUUUUUUUUUUAAAUGUAGAAUUUGACUUUGCCCCCAAAUAGAUCUCCAAAAGGAGAAGAGAAGCAUCAUGCAACAAAACAAUGACCCAAAACACACUUUCAACAUAAUAAAUGACAAAGUGGAAGGUCUUUGACUGCCCAAAUCAAUCACCAGACCUUAACCCAAGGGAGCAUGCAUUUUACCUGCUGAAGAAGAGAAAGAAGGAAGGAAUUU